CUUUUGCAAUUCGCAAUUUGCAAGUUACCAUUCUUUCCACAACCCUCUCUGCCAAAACUUGCAAAACCCUCACCUUUUUGCCCUCUUCCUCCAACUUUCUAAGUCCUCAACAUCCAUGGCUUCCUUUCAAAGAGCUAUAGUGUUUUCUUUGGUGUUAAUGUCUUUGCUUUGGGGCUCGUCGCAAGCUAAAGAUUUGUUGGUUGGUGGCAAAACGGAUGCAUGGAAAAUCCCAUCUUCGGAAUCUGAUUCUCUUAACAAAUGGGCUGGAAAAGCCCGUUUUCUCAUUGGCGAUUCUCUAGUGUGGAAGUACGAUGGCCAGAAAGAUUCAGUCUUGCAAGUGACUAAGGAGGCUUAUGCUGCCUGCAACACUACAAACCCUAUUGAGGAAUACAAGGAUGGAAACACCAAGGUGAAGCUUGACAGAUCAGGGCCAUUCUACUUCAUCAGUGGAGCUGAGGGUCACUGUGAGAAAGGACAGAAAAUUGUUGUGGUGGUUCUGUCUGAAAAGCACACGCAAGUAGGAAACCACGUAGGAUCUCCUGCUCCUUCUCCAGUUGAGUUUGAGGGUCCGGCUGUGGCUCCAACAAGCAGCGCUUCAAACUUGGAAGGUGGCUUAUUGGUAGCUUUGGGCGUUUUGGUUCUGGGGUUGUUCUAAUGUCAUUGUGCUGGGCUUGAUUUGUUCAUUCAUUUGAUUAUAGCAAUUCAUUUAUUCAUACUUGGACCUUCCAAUUUCUUAAUAGAAUGCCUACUUUUCUGAA